AUGUUAUUUACCGUACUCGGAGUUAUUGCUCUCUUCCUGGGAGAAAGAAACAUCAAUUCCGCCGUCUCAGGUCAAGAUGAAAGACUCGACCGUCAAGGAUUGGUCAUGGUACCCACUGUGACCAACAGUGAUGGUCGAGAAAUCGGUGACUGGUGUGAAGAAUCAUCUUUGCAUCUGGAGGAACAGAUCAAUGUUCAGACUGAGGAACCGUCACUGGAGGAACCUGUUGAUGGUCAGAGUGAAGAACAAUCACUGGUAGAGCCUGACAGUGUUCACGGUGAAGAACAAGCACUGGUAGAGCCUGACAGUGUUCACGGUGAAGAACAAUCACUGGUAGAGCCUGACAAGCCUGACAGUGUUCACGGUGAAGAUCAACCCCUAGUAGAGCCUGUCGAUGGUCACAGUGAGGACACAGAGAGCUUCUUCUCUGCUGAGCCCGGCUGUAGUCAUGACCCCCAUGCAAAUGUGGUCUCUGCUAAGCCCAGCUAUAAAGAUGACGUCGCUCAAGGUGCAACCUGUCAAACAGAGGGCACUGUUCCACCUCAGCCAGAAGAGCUGAAGGAUGACGACACACACAUCAUUGAGAUUAACUCACAGCGCUAUGAAAUUGGUGCUAAGCUGGGCAAAGGAAGUUAUGGAACCGUUUUCGCAGGGACCCGUUUACAAGAUGGCCUUCCGGUGGCUGUAAAAAUUGCAGAUUUCAAGAUUGAGCGAUACAUCUUUGUUAAUGGGUUUAAGCAGCCACUUCCAGCGGAGAUCGCUCUGCACUUUCUUGCAACUACAGGUCCCAAGGUUGACGAACUCGUUCAGCUUCUGGACUGGAAGGUGGAGGAUAACCGCUACUUUAUGGUCCUAGAGCGGCCCAUACCCUUUGUGAGCUUAGGGGAAUUUUUAAGAGGCCACAGAGGCAACAUCGAAGAGGACGUGUUACAGAAAAUCAUGUUCCACACAACAAUUGCAGCUGACACAUGCAUCACACGCGGAGUGCUUCACCGCGAUAUCAAGCCUGACAACUUGCUGAUGAACCCGCAGACCAAUGAAGUUAAACUGAUUGACUUCGGUUGCGGUGACCUCCUAAUGAAGUACUAUUACACAAGCUAUUUGGGCACAUUCCAGUUCAGCCCUCCCGAGGUUAAAACGGCUGGCUAUUACUACGGGGAACCAGCGACAGUGUGGUCACUCGGGAUUCUUCAGUAUGUCCUAAUGUUCAAAAAGUUUCCAGACAAACAUGACCUCCUCAAGUUGAAUGACAGAAAUUUACACCAAUAUGGAAGGUCAAAAGAAUGCAGCGAUUUCAUCAGUGGUUGUCUGCAGACUCCGCCCUGGUCUCGGUAUAAGCUGCAAGCACUUCGUGCCCAUGACUGGUUUAAGAGAAUUAUAAAAAAGAUCUAG